UUUAGACACAGGGAUUUGCGAGCUAUCACCCUUUAGAAAAGGAGAAUUCGUUUAUUUUCUACAUUGUGCGACUAUUUAAUAAAUAAAGAAUAUCCUAUCAGCAUAAUUUAUUCUUUAUGUUAUAUAUAGAAAACCUGUGAUAAAAUGGAUAUAUUGUGUUAACAUACGUGAGAAUUUUACAUCAUGGAGGGUUUUGUUUCCGAAACAAAAUACCAAAAAUUAGCUGGUGAAUACGCUAAGCUCAGAGCUCAAGCUUCUGUACUAAAAAGGGCGGUAUUAGAUGAGCAAUCAAAAAGUUCUGGACUGCGUGAUCAGCUAAGACAAAAGGAAUCUACUUUAAGAAGAGCUGAACAAGAGGUCGAUUCUUUAGGAUUCCGUAACAAGCAGUUAGAACACCGUGUGGCUGCUUUGCAGGAUGAAUUGGCUGUUAACGAAGGACGCAGAAAGGAUAAAGACAAUAAACAAGGACAAAGGCUGGGCAAGCCAUCAGUGCAACAAGUGAAUCUUCCUGCAGGUCCGGACGGAGAUAGAGUUCAAGAAGCUUUAAUGUUCGAGGAGUUGCAAAAAAAAAUCAUGGAGACCGCCCAACUAACAACUUUGAUUGACGACAAAAAUAAAGAACUUCAAAUUCAAGAGGAGCGCAUUAGAAAUCUGGAAUUAUCACUGGAGAAACGUAAUGCAGAUCAUUCUGAAAUGGAAAAGAAAUUAAGGAGGGAAGUGGAUAUUUUACAAAGCCGCAACUCAGACUUAGAAACGAAACUUGUGGAGGCCGCCAGCAUAUUGGGAAGUGAAGAUGCGUUAAGUGCUUCUGGUAGCGAUAGCACACCGCUGCAUAAUAACCAACAAUUGCAGACCACCGCUGAAGAACGACUUACAAGCUUAGAAAAAGAAGUCGCCUAUUGGCGUUCACAAUAUGAAAUUAGUAAAUUGUAUGGCGAUUCUUUCAAGAGCAAUAACGAAGGUCAAGAGAGAAAAAUAAAUGCCUCACUUAAACCAGUUGUGUUAAAUGAACUUUAUUGUAACAGCAGUACCACAGCUGCGGGUUUAAGUGUGCAAGCGUCAUGUGUCAAAAGCGCAAGGGAUUCGUUGAAAGAACUUUCAAUACCACCCACAAAAGAACAAUUAUUGUUCAAUAAUUUAAGCCAUAAAUAUGAAGAAUUAUUAAGAGAUAAGCAUUCUGCUGAAUCGCACGUAAACUCAUACAAAUCCGAAGUAGAUCAUUUACAAAACUGUCUCGAAAAUGCCACCCAGGAAUUAAAAGCAAAGGAUGAACAAAUUCAAAGCAUUAAUCAGGCUUCACAGUUAUUGGAGGAAGAUUUGGCCACCACUAGAGUAAACUAUGAGGAACAAAUAAGUGUGCUGACUGAGCAAGUUAUUAGUUUAAGUGAACAGUUGGCAGCUUGCAAAUGAAGGAAUUCAUUUACAUCAAGCCUGUCUUAUCGUUGUUAAUGUAAUAUGUAACAUUUAUCUGCAUUCUUGUA